AUGCAGAGAUUGUGCUGCAGAUUCCGAUCAAUGGCCUCUCUUCAGUACACUCCAAAGCUUCAAACCCACAAUUCCUUUUCUAUUCCCAAUCGUCUCCUCCCUACUUCACCAAAUUCAAUUCGACCUCUCUUUACCCAUUCCGUAAUUUCCCCUGAUUUUAAGCCUCUUUUCAGUGCCCCUUCCGUUCCCCAUAUUUCUCAAUAUUCUCCUCUACCAUCUCCCCACCUCAUGCAAGUGCGGCAAAUUACUGCAAAGCAGAGGAAAAGGAAGUUGAAGAGCAGGAAACCGAUGACGCCGGUCACUUCCAAAGUCAAGAAAUAUAAAAUCAAGGGUUAUUCGUCUUUUAAGGGCAGAUUUAGAGUAAUGAACGAUGGACUGAUUCGUAGGUGGAAGGAAGGGAAACGACACAAUGCACAUUUAAAGUCAAAAAAAUCUAAACGUAGACUCAGGCAACCUGGUAUAGUCCCUCCGGCAUACGCAAAGGUGAUGAAGAAACUUAACUUUUGUGGUUGA